AUGGCUAAUUUGGUCAUGCACGAUAAUGAUAAUGGUUCAAUGACCUUCUUUUUCCUUGCAUCAAUAUUCUUCGUCUUGGCAGCAUCCAUUAGUUCCCAAGAAGACAACAAAUACGCAGAAUGUAGCAAGCCAUUCAUCUGCGGACUUAUGUCCAUCUACUACCCUUUCUGGGGAGGGAGCAGACCGAGUUAUUGUGCCAGCAACCACCAAUUCGAGCUCAACUGUGAGAGUAAUCAGAACUCCACCAUUCAACUUGGCUCACAAACUUUUCAAGUGCUUCACUUUGAUCCAGUUCAAUACACCGUGACAAUGGUUCGAACAGGCCUGGUCUAUGAUAAUUGCUCUUCCCCAGCCAUAACCAACACUUCCGUGGACCCAAAUCUCUUUAGUUACUUGAAUGUUAGGAACAUCACCAUCUACUAUGGUUGUCCCAACUCCUUGAUUUCAAAUAGCACACGUUCUUUUCCAUGCAAGGAAGGUGGCGACAAGGGUGCUUUCUAUGGAGAUCCGGCAACUGUAAAAGUUCAAGACUGUGAAGGAGCUAGGAUUGAAGUGCAAGUAGCACAGGAGCAUGAGCCUGAUGGGGGAAUUCAAGGGAUGAACAAAGCUUUGAGUGAAGGGUUUGAAGUACAUCUUAUUUCAGAUGGUCAAGUUCAACAGUGCUUAGGAUGCAUUUCGACGAAUGGAACAUGUGGGGUUAAUGAUGAGUCUCAAUUUUCGUGCUUUUGCCCGGAUGGAAGUAAAGGUUUAGAUUGUUCUCAUCAUCGUAGCGAUAAAUGGAAUUGGCAAAGGAAGCUCGUUAUUGGUGUUGCUGCUGCUGUGGUGACUGCAAUUGUAGUUGGCCUUGGGUUUUACAUCUAUUAUAGUCGUCAAAAGAAGAAGAAUUAUCUUCAUGCAGUAUCAUCAACUGUGCUAUCUAACUCUAAAGGAAUCACAUAUAGUUCUUCUUUAGAAGACCCAGAGAAGGGAUGUAAAUACUUUGGAGUCCACUUCUUCACCUAUAGUGAACUUGAAGAGGCCACAGACUUCUUUGACCCUGACAAAGAACUAGGAGACGGAGGAUUUGGAAAAGUGUAUUUUGGCAAACUUCAGGAUGGACGUUUAGUUGCUGUGAAGAGAAUGUAUGAGAACAAUUUCAAAAGAGUUGAGCAAUUCGUGAAUGAAGUGAAGAUCUUAACUGGUCUACACCACCAAAACCUUGUGUCUCUAUAUGGAUGCACUUCUCGCCACAGUAGAGAACUUCUUCUGGUAUACGAAUACAUUCCAAAUGGAACCGUUGCUGAUCAUCUUCAUGGUAAAAGAGCAAAGCCUGGCACACUCCCCUGGCACAUCAGAAUGAACAUUGCCAUAGAAACUGCUAGUGCAUUGGUAUAUCUCCACGCUUCUGACAUCAUCCACAGAGACGUCAAAACCAACAACAUUCUCCUUGACAACCACUUCAGUGUCAAAGUAGCAGAUUUUGGCCUCUCACGUCUCUUCCCAACCCAUGCCACACACAUUUCCACUGCCCCACAAGGGACUCCUGGUUAUGUGGAUCCGGAGUAUCAUGAGUACUAUCAGCUCACUGAUAAGAGUGAUGUUUAUAGCUUUGGGGUGGUGCUGAUUGAGCUUAUAUCAUCCAUGCAUGCGGUUGACAUCUCAAGGCGCAGGCAUGAGAUAAACUUGUCCAACAUGGCCAUUAAGAAGAUCCAAAGUGGUGCGUUGCACGAGAUUGUGGAUCCCACUCUAGGGUUUCAGUCGGACUUGAAGGUGAGGAAAAUGAUCAAUGCAGUGGCUGAGUUGGCGUUUCAGUGCCUGCAGAGUUCCAAAGAUGCGAGACCCUUUAUGGCAGAAGUGUUGGAUAGACUGGAGGAUAUAAGAAGUGAUGGGAAGUAUAAGAGCGAGCAGGAGGUGCUGAAUAUAUCAGAAGAUGAUGCUGCUUUGCUCAGGAAUCAACCACCUCCUCCUUCACCUUCACCUGAUGAUUUAAAUUUGGUAACCAUUUCUACACCUCCAAAUGGUAGUAUAGUUUAG